AUUGACUCUUACUCUGACUCAUUCCUCACUCGCCCUUCUACAGCAAACACGCAACAAUCAUGUCCGCAUUGAUGAUGACUCCCGCUCACUCUCCACGAGAAGUCUCGCCACAUUCCUUUCAGGUGGCCACGUUCGAAGUCGAUGGCGUACUCUUUGACAUGGACGGAACUCUCACCGACUCUAUCGCCGCCGUCGAAGCCGCAUGGACGGCAAAGGCCCACGAACUCGGUCUUGAACCAAAGGCAGUCAUCGCCGCCACCCAUGGACGUCGAGCCAGUGACAACCUCAUGAGUCUUGUCCCGAACUUGAAACCGGAACAUGUUGAGGUAGAAGUUGACCGUUUCGAGAAAUCCAUUCUCGCCUUUGCCGACACUCCCCCUCUUUCUCGCAAGAACUCGAUGGCGUCUUCCAGAAAGAACUCCAUGGUUUCCACCCCGCUCAGUUCUAUCAGUGCUUCCACCAUGUCGUCGAUGGCUCCAAUGACCCCUCUUGAGCCUCCCACCCCUCGAUCCCGUCAAGGGUCCAUGUCGCUCGGUUCGGCGCUCUCGAUGGCCUUGACAAAAGUACAGGAAGCCGAGCCUGCUUUGGGGUACAACGAAACCGACGACUCGCCCUUCGACGACGAUGACAUUAUCGACAUGAGCGUGCGUAUUCUUCCUGGCGUCCGCAAGCUCAUGAACUCGCUUCCCAAGGGAAAAUACGCCGUCGCUACCUCCGGCGCCAAGACUUACUGUCACGGUUGUUUGACCCGUACCGAAAUCGAGAUUCCCGACGUCUGCGUGACAGCUGAUGACCCUCGUCUGGAACGUGGGAAACCGUUCCCUGACCCUUUCCUCCUGGCCGCCAAAGACCUCGGUGUAGAUCCCACCCAUUCAGUCAUCUUUGAAGAUUCGCCUUCUGGUAUCAAAGCUGCGGUUGCCGCGGGUAGCAUUGUCAUUGCCGUUUGUACGUCUCACCAACGUGAACAGAUCGAAGGGCUCGGGGCGCAUUACAUCGUGGAGACGAUGGAACAGGUCAAGGUCGAGGCGCAGGCUUCUGGCAAGUUGCGCUUCACGGUGAGGUACUAA